AUUUUGGCUUUCUCCUUCCACUGGCUAACUAUUCAGUAGGGAGCCACCGCGAAAGACGAACGUGGAAAUAGAGGCGAGCAGCAUAACAAUACAAGAUUUACAGCGACCAACACAUUAAUUUCAAGAGGAAAGCAGAAAUGGACGACUCUACCCGACUGGAAUUGACUAAAGCCAAACUGCUAGUUCUCCGACGGAAGAAUAAAUCAUUGCUUGAAAUCGCAGCUAAAAAUAUAGUUGAUAAUCUCAAUAUCUACGUCGAAAAAGAACAAUUGAAAAAUCUGCCUUUCUGUAUGCGCGAGGCUGUGUUGCGAGAAUUGUUGAGUCGGCGUAUUAUUUUUCCGAAAGAAAAAUUAUGCGCCACGGAAUUUGGUAAAAAGCUGAAUGGAUUCACAACAUUGCUACAUCCUCAGACGAGAGAUAUUGAUCUUGAUGGCCUGAUGUCCUUCUGCCCCUCAACCUGCAUCGAAGAAGUGUGCACAAGGGUUGUGCAACUGAUUGCAGCUCGCGCUCCAAACGUCCAGUCUCUUUCUUUUGGAUUCAUGGGGAGUUUAUAUAUUGAUGAGACAAGGGUAGCAGCAAUUUGCAGACUAAAAGAGCUAAAAAACCUUGACAUUUCAAAAGUUAUUCUUCAAUAUCGAUACCUGACUAUCAUCUGCAAGAGACUCAAAAAAUUGGAGCAAAUUCAACUCAGAAGUGUUGAAAAAUUCCCCGUGGACUAUCUUAGCAAGGACAAUGCAGUCAGCGACUUCAAGCGGUGCUUCAAGCGGCUCAAGGUUUUGAAAUUCAGAAAACAUCCAACCCAGCCAGGGCCGAUUGUUACUCUCUUCAGACGCAUUUGCAUUAAACACCUACCGAAGUUACAGUACGUAGAUUUCUUUGAAUCAAGAAAAUCGGAUUACACACAUGAAUCUCUGCUGGAAAUUGAGCUUCCUUCAGAGACGUCAUCCUUGAGGCAUUUGCACACAGCUCCGACUCCGCUCCCACUUGGUGAGGCCUUUCCUCACCUCACUCAUCUCACGGUUCAAUGGUUUCGAGGGAGGCUGUACCAUUUCAAUGAAAUCGACUCACUAUUGCAUUUCACCAAAAUCGAAGCCCUGAUUCUAGAUGAUAUUCCGUCCGCGGAAAUCGUAGACCUAUUCUUGAAUAAAUACGGAAAGGAUCUACGAGAGCUGAAAAUAUUUUCCAUGGACUUGGAAUUGCAAUUCAAGAAAAUCUUUGGAUGCUGUCCCAAGUUAGAAAAACUCACCGUGCAAGGUGCUCUGAUGACUGACGACUCUGAAUCAAUUCAAUGUUUCGCCAAGCUGAGAGAAUUUGAUUGGUUACCUAUGAAUGGCAUGUCAGGAAACAGUACUCUGACGCUGUCAAACAUUCUGUCCGCACCCCUACUAGAAUCGGUAGUAAUAAAUUUGGACAUGUAUCACGACGUCGACCUGGCAGACCUCAUGAAAGUUUCGUCUCUGAUCAGCAACAAGAGUAUUCUGAGUCGUGCCAAAACCUUGAAUUUCCACAUAAAUUUGGAACGCAUGACUAACCCGCAUACAGAAGUCAUUUUGUUCAGAGCAGUGAGUGAAAUAACCAAAAACGCAUGUGCGUUUCUCCCCAAUUGUUCGAGCUCUCGCGUCAACCUCAAGUUACUUUAUAAUAUUAUAAGAAGUUUGGAGUUAAAUGGCAGGUAUGACGUCGAACCUCCCUUCAAUGCGAUUCAUGAGGCAUCGAUUUACAAGUCCCUCGGAGAUGCAAACCUCGCCAAGUUCGCAUACGUUUGCGAAAUGUCGCAACUUUAAUACUUAUUUUGACGCAAGAUAAAUUUAGUUUCUCCCAUCUCUGCGAUUAUGAGUAAAAGUUGUUUGCUAGGAUUAAUAAAAUCUAAUAAUAAUUUAGUAUUAAAUCUUAUCGAACUUAAAAUGUUGUUGUUCAUAGUUCUUAAUAACCGUACGAAAUUAUGCAGGAAUAUUUGGCUGUGAUUGAGAAUUUGUAAUUUUGAAUUUUUUAAUAUGUUUUCUCAAUAAAAUCCAUUUAUUCCAUCAA